GUGACGUACUAGGAGGCGGUGUAUUUGUCAGACGCGAAAGAUGGCGCUGGGAAGUUCUCUGUAUCAGGCUCUGUUCCGAAGGACUUCUACAUUCACGCUCACAAUAGUGAUCGGCGCUGUGCUGUUCGAGCGGGCGUUUGACCAGGGGGCGGAUGCUUUGUACGAUCACCUCAAUAGAGGGAAAUUAUGGGAUCACAUCAAGCACAAGUAUGAGCAGUCAGAAGAAUAGAUGGAGCAGACUGAUGUAUUAAGAAAAAGCCUGUAAAUGGACUGGCACUUCAUCCAAGGAGAACAAACUUCUCUUUAAUAACUUUCCCCUGGAACUCUGCAGACUGUUCCUUCAGAUGUAUUUAUCAUGAUUACACUCUGCAUCUGUGUAAUACGACUCUAUGUAAAGUCUCUUUAUUACAACUGUCAGCUGUGAUGGAUUAAAAUAUUUGCAAUGUU